AUGAGACGAAGAAAUGUGGUUACCUCGUUCUUGACCUAUUCGGAGCAAGAUAGCCCGUUGGCACAGGGAGAUCGACUGUUGCUGUUGAAGCGAAGUGAGAAAGUUAACACUUACCAACACCGUUGGGGAGGUGUUAGCGGUGGAAUAGAAGCUAGCGACUCUUCUCCGCUCGAACGUGCCAUAACUGAAAUUCAAGAAGAAACCAACUUAACCUCUUCAGAUAUCGAACUCAUUCGCGUCGGUAAACCCCUCACCUGCAACGCUGAAGAUUAUUCAACUACCUGGAUAAUUCAUCCAUUUCUUUUUCGCCUAAACUCCAGAGACAUCGCAAAAAAGGUGAAAAUAAAUUGGGAGCAUGACACAUUUCAGUGGAUCCGACCUGAAGAACUGAGUUCUUUUGACGCUGUUCCGAAAAUAGUGGAAGCCUUUCAUCGAGUAUAUCUGCCCGAAGUUGCACACAAUGGACUCAUGUAUAUACUUGAAAACAGAUCCUCUGGCGCUCAAGAAUUAGCAGGAAAUGCAUUGGAAAUAAUCGCCAAAGUAAUCGAGGACAAAUCGUGUCGAAAGCACGCACAAAGUCCUAAAGACUUGUAUCUUGCGUGGCUCAACAUUGGAUGGAAUCUUUGCCAAACUAGGCCCACCAUGAAGGCUUCCAUCACCUCCACCGUGGUUAAUUUAAUGCAACAAAUCAAAAAGAAGAUUUGGAAGAGUGGCAUAUCAAUUGAAUCGAUUGAAAAAUAUUCACUUGAUGUUGUCGAACAAAUAAAAUCGUCCUUUAGGGAGUCUGAACAAAGGAUCAAAGCAGCAUUCAAAUUAGCCUUGUUUUCUGAUGCGAAGAUCACCUCCAUACAUAUCAUGACCAUGAGUUAUUCUUCCACCAUACUCUCGGUACUUUCCAACUUUAUCAGUGAAAAUUUAUCUUCGGGUAAUCCACGUGAUGUCACCAUUACCAUCAUGGAGGCACGUCCUUUAAAUGAAGGAUCCACGCUUGCGAGGAAAUUAGCUUCUCUUCUUCCAAACAAAGGCGAAAAAAAUCAUUGUGUUAAAAUUCAGGUAAUUACAGACGCGUCGUGCGACUAUUUCAUGUCUACUGUGACGCAUGUUUUACUAGGAUCAGACAAAAUUUUAGGAGACGGAUCGGUGAUAAGUAAAAUUGGUUCGGUUCCUUUAGCACUGGCUGCCAAAUAUCAUGAGAAGUCCGUAUUUGUGGUGUCGAGAACUGAUAAAAUAGCGGGAAAUGAUGAGGAGAUAAUGGAGGAGAAAGAGGCGAGCGAAGUAACCUCGGGAUAUGCGAGAGGAUGGUGCGAUGACAUGAAGGAUAAGGAUGUCACAGUUUGA